GGCGUGGUGUUCAAGCCAAUGCAGAUCAACGUUUGUGUUACACUCCAGUGAGACACUUGUGAAACACCUGACUGUUCACAACAGCCCUUCAAGUCUACUAACAAGAUGCAGAAGUGGGUUGUGAUCUGUUGGGCACUCUUGGCCCUAGCUGGUGCAGAUGAGUGUCCAGAUGCAGGGAGAUGUGAGGAAGGUCAAACCUGCUGCAAACACCCGGCCAACGGCUACGAAUGCUGCCCGUUUGAUCAGGCUGAGUGCUGUGAGGAUCACAUACAUUGCUGCCCUGAGAGCACAGUCUGCGACAUGUCCACAUCCAGCUGUGUGAACGCCACCGUGUCCGUCCCCUGGGCGGAAAGAGCUUCUGCUGAUCAACCUGGACUCUCUAAAUCCUUCAGGAUGAUCAGGGCGUACAUGGGAGAGGGAGAUGACAACAUCUGUCCCGAUCAGUCACGGUGUCCUCCUGAGUUUUCCUGUUUGAGGGCCUUGACGAGGUUUGGCUGUUGUCCUCUUGCUCAGGGAAUCCCCUGCUCUGAUGGGAAACACUGCUGUCCCGAGGGGCUCCAGUGCAGCGCAGACAGCCGAUCCUGCAUCAAAAAAGAAGUUGCGACUGCGGUUCUGUGCAGCGACGGAGUGUCAGAGUGUCCGGAUGGAACCACCUGCUGCGAAACCCCCGAAGGAAAAUGGGGAUGCUGUCCCAUGCCAGAGGCCGUGUGCUGCGAGGAUAAGCUUCACUGCUGCCCUGAAGGGAAUACAUGCGAUAUCGAACAGUCCAAAUGUAUCUCCUCAUCUACCAAGAAAGAGACACCGAUGUGGGCCAAACUGCCUGCUAGGAUAAGAGCAGACUGGGAGAACCAGAAAGAGAGUGAACAAGUCGUUGCAGAAGCAGCUCAUAAUGAGAGCUCAGAAAAAGUCCCCGAAGUCACCAAAGCGAAUACGCUUCCUCCUUGUGAGGGGGAAGUUUCAGUGUCAUCUGUCACUGAAGCUACAGGCAAUGUCCCAUGCGAUGAUACAGAAUCCUGCCCGGAUAGCACAACAUGCUGUAAAACCAAAGAGGGGAACUGGUCUUGCUGUCCUCUACCAGAGGCCACUUGUUGUGAAGAUUUUAUACACUGCUGCCCAAAAGGUAAAAAAUGUAACCUGGCUGCGCAGACCUGCGAUAGCGACUCAUGCUCUGUGCCCUGGUUCGAGAAAAUACCCACAAUCCCCAUACAGGUCGCACAGGUGGGGAACGUUACAUGUGACUCCACCUUCAGUUGUCCUGAUGACACCACCUGCUGCAAGAAGACAACAGGGGACUGGGGCUGCUGUCCUCUACCUGAGGCGGUCUGUUGCGAAGACCACGAGCACUGCUGCCCCUCUGGCACCACCUGUGACCUCGCCGCCCAAACCUGCGUGGGCUCCUCAGGCUCAACACCCAUGAUGCAGAAGAUACCUGCGUUCGCCGAAGUGGCGCCCAGCACUACAACUCAAAGUCAGGAGACAAGCAUGACGCAAACUACGGAGGAGAUGGAAGAGGAGACGGAACCACAGGAGACGGAUCAGGAAGAAGAAAAGGGCAGAGUCCAAUGUGACGACAACACCAGCUGUCCUCAGGGCACCACCUGCUGCUUCAUGACCUCGUCCAAGAAGUGGGGCUGCUGCCCGCUGCCAGAGGCCGUGUGCUGUGCUGAUGGAGACCACUGCUGUCCGACGCACUACAAGUGCAACGAACGCAACACCUCGUGCGUCAAAGAAGGAGUGGUGAUCCCGUGGUACACCAAGCUCCCAGCGACCACCAGCACUCAGGUUGAUCCCAGCUCCGUGCGCUGCGACGACCAGAAUCAAUGUCCUGAAUACACCAGCUGCUGCCGGCUCUCCACGGGAAAGUGGGGCUGCUGCCCUAUAGAGAAUGCUGUGUGCUGCCCAGAUAAGAAGCACUGCUGCCCUCUGGGUUACUCUUGUAACAUGGUCGCUCAGUCCUGCCAUAAGGUCAUCAUGCUGCAGCUGGACACCAUCCCACUAACACCAGUGUUCCUGUCCAGUGAUGCCCAGCUCAGUCCUCUAAGGCAAAAUGACGUCAAGUGUGAUGACGAGACCAGCUGCGCAGACGGGGAGACCUGCUGCAGGACGUCCGCUACUACAUGGGGCUGCUGCCCCUUACCUAACGCGGUGUGCUGUAGCGACAUGCAGCACUGCUGUGAAGCCGGCUACACCUGCACUGACACCGGCGACUGCGUCCAGGACGCCCGGCGUAACUGGUACAACUGGCACGUGUUCCUAAGCAACAAAAAGAGAGGUUUAAAUCUGUGAAAACAUCACUGUCGCUCUGUCAUUUGUUUCUGCAUGCAACGCACUAAUGGAAAAUAAGAUAAAGGGAUUUUAUGGUGAUUGGUCAAUGCUUUUGUUGUUCGAGGACAGUAGUAAAUGGGGAUACUGUGAAAGUAAAUUGCACUUGGGGUUAUGAAGUUCUGUGAUCUGGGAGUUGUAGUGUUCUGUCUGUAUGCAGCUAGUUCACAUCUGACUUGUUGUAAUAUUCAAAGGUCGUGAACAUGCGGAUAGCUUGUUUUUAAAAGUCAGAUUAGACACCUCGUUAAUCCACAGUUCACAGUUUUCUACUUGAAACUCUGCUUCAUCUGUAAAGAUUUCAACUGAAACACUCCACAGCCAACGUGAAUUUAUUCACUGUCAAUCAUCUGCUCUGUUUGUUUUUUUGUUUUAUGCUUCAGCCAUCCUGUGUUGCAAAGUGCAUUUUUCUAUCAAUAAUCACUAAUGUUUUAGGCAUAAUUUAACACUGUAUCAUUUAUAAUUUUGAACAUGACAAACUGCUGUGUGACUCCACCUGGUGAUGAAAGAACGGUUUCUUUAGAAUAGAUGAUUCAUUUGUCAUCUCAUGAAAUGAUGGUUUAAAAAUCAAAAAAAGUGUUUUAAUUUUGUGCAUCUAAUUAUCACUUGUGUUUAUGUGGGAUUUAAAAUGCCCCGUAAGUCAUGAGAAACACACGCUUGGUACGGCUUAACCUCUUGAUGAGUCACAGACAUCUCGACAUAAUCCAUAAAACUAAUAAACAAAACCUGAACACAU